AUGGCCGGAGCAGGGCUGCUGCCCUCCCUGCCCACGCUGACUGUGCUCGUUCCCCUCCUGUCCCUGGCAGGCCUGUUCUACUCGGCCAGCGUAGACGAAACCUUCCCUCAGGGCUGCACCAGCACGACCAGUCUGUGCUUCUACAGCCUUCUCCUUCCUGUUACAGUGCCAGUUUAUGUGUUCUUUCACCUGUGGACCUGGAUGGGGAUUAAGCUUUUUAGGCACAACUAGCGUGAUGCUUUUGCUAACCCCUGGGCUUCUCUAAAUCAACGUAAUUUGUUUAAUCUCAUCAAGUACUGCCCUUCCUUUGAGGGACUAUUGACUGGCAUCAUUUUCAUGGUAGGAUCUGGAACUGUAUGAAGCAGCAGCCCAUUGUUAACUAUGCAGAUGAAGAGUAGGAGUAAUAAGAAGCACUAAUUCCCUGUUUUAUCCCUUAAGAGUGCUGUGCAUUUGUAGUGGCACUAAUUAAAACCAUAGUUUUCAUGAGGAAAAAACUGUAUCCUGAGUGAAUAAAUGAAAAUUAAAACAUGAAAUUAUAUGAAUCUCUCUUUAAGAGCUUUGGGUUUUUUUAACCAUAUGUGAGUAUGGAAAUAUGUUUGUCAGAAGAGCAAAAUUUAAAAUAAAUCAGGCUGGUGUUUAAUAACAAAA